UUUCGGUUUGCCUUGAGUUGAAUGUUGAUAUUUUAUCUUAAAGGUUAUGUCAUAUGGUUGAGCUGUAUUUAAUUAUAUUUUAAAGAAGCAAUAACGAAUAAGAUGAGUGAUAUACUAAAAGACAGCCGAUUUGCUAAGUAUCUCAAUGAUCCUCGUUAUAGACAAAUCCCUAAACAUGAGCGAAAAGUUAAAAUAGAUAAAAGAUUUCAGUCAAUGUUUAAAGAUGAUAAGUUUAAAGUUAAAUACACAGUGGAUAAGCGAGGAAGACCUAUAAACGAAACAUCCACUGAAAAUUUACGAAAAUAUUAUGACUUGGAUGAUUCGAAUGAUGAUACUGAUAAUGAAGACUUAGUAUCUAACGAAGAUGAUGACGAAGCCGAAUACAAAACAGAAGAAACGAGUAAAAGUGUUGAGAAAGAAGAUACACGUGAAUCAAAGCCGGGUCGCUUUGUUACUAAACUCCCAAGUGACGACGAAGAGAGUGAAAACGAAAAGAAUGAUCAAACAAAAAUAUUUAAAAAUGACAAACUUAUUCGGGGAAGCUUAGACAAAAGAAUUAAGAAAAGAUUAUUAGAUUUAGACGUUGAUUAUGCUCGUGGAGAAGGAGUGAUCAUGACUGACUCUUCAAGUGAAGAAGAAAGUAGUGAAUCUGAAGAUGAAAAUGAGCUAGAACAUGAAUGGGGACAGCUGGAUGCUGAUGCAGAAACCACUGAAGAAUCAACACGAAGGCUUGCUAUCUGCAAUAUGGACUGGGAUAAUAUAAAGGCAGCAGAUCUUAUGGUUCUUCUCAGUUCAUUUUUACCACCAGGAGGACUUAUACAUCAUGUUACUAUUUAUCCCUCUGAAUAUGGAUUAAAGAGGAUGCAAGAGGAGGAAUUAAGAGGGCCAAUUGAGUUAACACAAAAGGUAGAUGAAGAGUAUCUUUCAGAUGAUGGUGGAAAUGAAGAAGGUUCAACAUAUCAUAUGGAAAAACUACGUCGUUACCAGCUCAAUAGAUUAAAGUACUAUUAUGCUGUAGUGGAGUGUGAUUCUGUGACAACUUCUGAUAAGUUGUACAGCGAAUGUGACGGCAUGGAGUAUGAGAGUAGUGCAACCAAGCUUGACAUGAGGUUUAUACCAGAUGAUACUACUUUUGACCAGGAACCACGCGAAGUUUGUACCAAAUUGCCUGAUUUGACUAAAUACAAACCUCGAUUGUUCACGACAACCGCCUUGCAGCAGGCCAAGGUGGAUCUUACAUGGGAUACAACAAAUCCUAAUAGAGCUGAAGUUAUUAAGAGUGCAUUAGAUGGGAAAAUUGAUGAUUUAGAUCUAAGAGAAUAUUUGGCUUCCAGUAGUGAAGAUGAAAGUACAGAAGAGCAGGACCAGAAGGCUGAUGAUGAAAAUGAGGAUCCUAUACAAAAAUAUAAAAUGUUGCUGGAAAAUAUAGAAAAAAAAGAAGAGAAAAAGCAAAAUAAAGAUAUGGAAAUGGAGAUUACCUGGGGCUUGGGAGUUAAAGAUAAAGCUGAUGAACUUGUAAAAAAGAAAAUUAAUGAAGUUGACAAGAAUUUAACUCCUUUCGAACAACUAUUGCAAAAGAGGAAAGAGAAAAAAAAAGAGCGUAAGUUAAAGAAUAAAAAAGAAAUAGAAGAUAAUAAAUCUGAUGAUGAUGAUAAUUCAUCAGAAGAAUUGCCUUCAGAUGUAGACAUGACUGAUCCAUACUUUGCUGAAGAAUUCAAUAAACCAGAAUUUAAGAAAAAUAAUAAGAAAAAGGAACCUACUAUAAAAGAUAGUACGAAUUCCGACGAUGAAGAAAAACAAAAAGCAGAAUUAGAAUUACUAUUAGAUGAAGAUGAUGGCAAAGAACAUUUUAGUCUGAAAAAAAUUCAAGAAGCAGAAAGUAUUACGAAGAAGUCUAAAAGAAAAAGGAAAUUAAAGGAAAAGAUGAAAGAGCAAAAACAAACAAUCCCCGAGUUUGAAAUAAAUCUAAAUGAUCAACGAUUUUCUGCCUUAUAUGAUUCCCAUCUUUAUAACAUUGAUCCAUCUGACCCGAACUUUAAGAAAACAAAAAAUAUGGAGAAAAUUAUACAAGAGAAAUUAAAAAGGCGACCAAAACAGGACUUAGUAUCUGAAUACAAGCCUAAGAAAACAAAACAAGACACUGAACUAAAUGUUUUAGUUAAAAAUAUUAAAAGAAAAACAAAAUAUGUAUUAAAUAAAUAAUUUUUUUUU